AUUCUACUAAGAUAGCACUAACGAAACUUUGCUCCCCGCUAAAAUUUUAAGAGAAAAAAAAGUUCACGUUCAAUCGUUCAAUCGUUUAAUCGUUAUUUCAGUCGCUAUCGCGAAGUUCAAUUCGUUUGAUAUUACAGAACUCCUCAACUCCUCAGACUUCGGCUGAGUGUUGUCUGAUGGAUAUUCGAGUGUUAUAUCAAUAAAAACAUAAAAAUGGCAACAGCAUUAGCUGCGCAACUCGCGCAAAUUGCCACAAAUUCGAAGUCAACACUUGACACCAAGGCGCAGAAGGCCGCCCAUUCAAAAUCGUUGAUAUUCGAGCCUCGAGUUGCUACGUCUCAGAACUACCAGACCCUAUAUAGCAUAUGCUACCAAGGUUAUGAAGAACUAUGUCAGUUGGACGCCCGUUUCAUUCCCUUUGGCGCCACCAUCUUCAGCGAGCAGAGUCAAAAUGAAGACCGCAGCCAAAUGACAGCCGCCGAAAACACGGAGCUCGACAAGAAGAUAGAUUCGUUCCUCCACCUAGCCGGCGCGCGUCUGAGGCUCAUGCCUACCAUAAAAGCAAUUGAAUGGCUUAUUAGGCGGUUCAGGAUUCAUGAAUACAAUACUGCCACUCUUAUUACGACGUUCCUACCAUAUCACACCAUACCAGCCUUCGUAACACUUUUGUCUAUCCUCCCAAGCACGAUACCCCAAGUGUACCGGUUCCUAGAUCCUUAUAUACGGUCGUUGACUCAACCUCCGAGGUCCAUUAUUGUUCACCAAGCCACGCACCAUGCGGACUUUCUCACUGCCCUCUCGAUAUAUACCCUCGAUGCUUGCAAAGCUCAACAACACUAUCCUGCUUUAAUAUCGUUUUGGGGCAGUGUUAUGACCGAAGCUGUGAACGGCAUGUUGGACAGAAUGCGAUCUGGUCGCCGCAGUAUUCAACGAAGCAACGAUCAAACCUUGCUACAUCAAAUUGGGCCAACUCUCGGCGAUGCUCUAGUCUUGCAUAAGGUCCCCAGUUUGCAAAUCGCUUCUUAUAUGGUGAUAUCAGUCUUCGUUGCGAAAGGUGAUCUCGAUGAUGCCGCCAUAAGUGCUCUUAUGGACCAGCUUGUUGCUGGAUGGACUACUGAAUCCCUUCGUCCUGGCCUUGUGUGCCUCUCGAUUCUUGCCCAAUACCGUUCCGCUAAGCAAAUCUCGGGUAAGGUAACUAGAGCACUACUAAAGGUGCCUAAUCUUUCGAGUCUCCUUCCCGAUGUUGCUACCGAGCACAACAUUGGAAAGUUAGCAAAUGGUUUCUGCCUCGCUCUGAUAGACAGGGCUCACAAAAAGGGGGAUAUAAAAGGGCUACCGGUGGUCGAGUCGCUUCUCUUAGGCUCGGUGCUCAAUGACCAACAAGCCAUCGUCGUUUUUAAGAGUCUAUUAUUGGCGGCUCACAAAGUCGAGAAAAAGGUCGAUACACAAGGUGAGGUACGGAAAGCGCUUGCAUCUAUCAUCAUCCGACUGGCGCAUAUGGAUACAGAUGCUGGGAAAAUAUUUACCAAGGCAAUUGAUGACACCGACAUCGACAUAGACGCACUAGAAAUGAGACUCGGUACUGAUCUUCGGCCGAAAGUUCUUGCACUUCAACCUCAAGAGGAGGAUGUCAAUAUGAUGGACGAUGAUAAUGUGCCAGUGCUUGUCGAAAGUUUUGAAUCUGCUCUCCAGCGAGUGGGGAAAUUAUCUACUACGUCGACGAAGUCGUGUCUACGAACCGAUUCUCUGGACGUAUUUACCGAAUUAUGUUCCGUUUUCCUUUCUAGCCUUCCGGAGCCAGAUAAUAUCAAGGCAUUCGACGAACUUGCUCCUCUACAGCAUAACCUAGCAAGCGAAACCCCUUUUUAUCUCACAUUUCUUGUGCGUAUUUGGUGUGGACCCUAUCCAGCAUUGGUUCGUGUCGCAGCUCUAGACAUGGCAAAGCGGCGUUUGAAGAAUGAUGACUGCAGCGGCGUGGACUUCCAGGCUCUUCUGCCUUACAGCUUUGCAGCCCUAAAUGACCCGUCGAAAAGGGUACGACGUGCCGCCGCAGACUUAAUUACUAUUCUAGAGUCUUCGUUCCGAGAGCUAGAAUUAAAAGCAGAGAGUCCAAAGCAGUGGGCCAGUGAGGAUUUGUACGAUACCACCGAGCCAUUGACUUGGAUGACUGUGGAUGUCUGCCACAAGCUAUUAAAGAGCAUUAUCACGCCCAGUCUAGAGGAGUGUGUACUGAAUACAGGCCACGUUAUCGAAGUUUUGCAAAGCUCUUUAAAUAGCAGCUCCAAAACUUCAGCUGAUGGAGACAAGGAUAAGAAGAGCCACCUUUCCCACGGAACACGACGUUCCAUCCUAAGCUUUCUCGUCUCCCACACCAUCCACACACCACUUAUCACUCUCAAGAUCCGCAUCCUAGCAGCAUUAAACCAAGUCAAAGGAGUGUCAGGCACCACCCGUACUCAGUUGCUCUUACCUUUACUUAAAUGGUGGUCGUCUUUAUCCUCUGAUGACUCUAGCCGUCUAUGUGCACAAGAAAACGUUGAUGAGUCGAUUGUCGAUCGAAGCAGUGUCGAAGUAGUGCUCCCGAAUGAUAAAGAUGGUCUCGAGUUUUUGUUGGACGUUGUGGGAACCCAGCAGCUCCUAGGAAGACCGAACCUUCUUCGUAUCAUCUUCUCACGUAUCGAGAGUCUAUGGUCUUCCAUGAAGACAGAUGCAAGACACUUGGUGUCUAUGCGGAUGCUCGAAUUGUCACAGAAUGACCCAUUAGGUGACAGUGGCGUCGUUUCCACCGAGUCGGCCAACCUUCUGAGGAAUGUCGAGCUUACGACGGAUAUACUGCUAUUCUUCUUGGAGUCUUUACAGCCGGCGGCAAAGAUGGCUACCGAGCCACCGUCAGGAAAGCGUAGGAGAACCAGCUCCUCUGAUGCUCAUCGAGGACUAGGCACACAAGCAACCCCAGAGUUGAAUGCAAUGCUUAGGCAAGUGACCUUUGUUCUACAACUCGUCGAGGGCUCUGACCCUGAGAAACACCCGGAGCUGCUCAAUGCUUUGUUCAAUGCCCUUUCCGAGCUUCAGCAUUUCAGAGUACUUGUUGGCUCAGAGCUUGGCUAUCUUCAGAACCUCAUCCUUCGGAGUCUAUUAGCCAUGGUUCCCGCAUACAAGAAGAAUCAGUCACUCAAGAUCGAUAGCACGGGUGGGCAUGGUGACCUCCUUGUUAAUUGCAUUCAGAAAUCCUCGAGCCCUUCGGUACAAAAUACGGCACUCCUACUUGUCGCAAAGCUAGCCAAUGUCGCUCCAGAUUUGGUGCUUAACAGUGUCAUGCCUAUUUUCACACAUAUGGGAGGCUCCGUCCUUCGCCAAAGCGACGACUACUCUGCUCAUGUGAUAAAUCAGACAGUUAAGGAGGUCGUACCACCUCUUAUCCAGUCACUCCGCAAGGGGAAGAUAAGUCCUUUAGCAGGGGCCUCCGAUCUUCUUCUUAGUUUUGUGACGGCGUACGAGCACAUACCAUCGCAUCGACGGCUUGGGCUAUUCGUGUCUCUUGUAGAAACGCUUGGUGCCGAGGAGUUCUUAUUUGCUCUGCUAGCCAUGCUUACAAAUAUGUACGGCACUGCUGAUCAAGUGUUGUCCUUUGCUACCGAAGUCUUCAACCACUUCACAGUUGAGGUUCAACUCCAGUCUUUGAUCAAGCUUUUAGGUCUUAUCAGUGAUUUAUUUCAGCCGAGGCCCAGCCUAUCCUCCAUUCUCCUUGGCUCCCACGAACAAGCCGAAAGGGAUCCCCAGAAAAUCGGGUUGCGCCAAUUGAGCUUAGUUCCACAUCUCCUAUCUAGUAAGAAGUUGACGACACAAAUCAGCAAGCUCACUGAACGGGACGACAUGGAUGCUUCCCAGAUACGUGAGCUCUAUUCGACAUUACUGGAAGAUCUCUUGAUUCUAGCAGACUCGUUGAAACAACACAAGAGCUUAUACAACCGGUGUGGGGAGGCUCUUUCCAAGCUCCUAAAUCUGCUUUCCAUUGGAGAAUUUAUCAAAUCUGUCGAAACUCUCUUAGAUCGGCCUGACAUCGUCCUACGCCGGAAAGUCCUACGAGCUGUUGAGAUUCGAAUCGACGAGGAGAGUCAAGCAGAUGCUAGCUCCAGAGCGGCCUUGCUUGCAUUCUUACCGCAUCUGACAGCCAUCAUCAGGGUUUCUGACGAUAUGGCUUACAAGCACAUAGCUGUAGGCUGCGUGGAUAAGGUCUCUGAGAAGUAUGGAAAGAAAGACCCCGAAGCUGUGACGGCAGCGGCUUCAACGAUCGCCAGCGAUCAAUGCCUCGGCCAAGAUGAUGAUAAGCUCCGUAUUAUGGCAUUACUCUGCUUAGCAUCCUUGGUUGACGUACUUCAGGACGGGGUUGUCCCAAUCCUCCCAUCCGCUAUCCCUAAGUCGCUUACAUAUAUAACGCAAAGUAUUCAAACCGAAUCCCCAAGAGUUGAACUACAUAAUGCUAGUUACGCAUUCAUGGCAGCUUUGGCCCAGCACCUCCCAUACAUGUUGUCCGGGUCCUACUUAGGGCACCUUCUUGCGGUCUCCAGCGCGUCCGCCAAGUCGAGCCCAGGAGGUGGAGCCAAUGAUGCUAGGCUCCAAUGUCUUCGGUUGCUUGCCAAGCAGGUCGAUGCUAAGACGCUAUUUUCCGCCCUGGAGCAAAAUUGGGUUACCGCAGCGAGCCUCGGUCCAGUUGCUACGCGAGAAUAUCUCGACAUUCUCAGUAUUGCAAUCGACAAGCACUCCAAAGCAGAUAUCUCGAAGAAUGUUGCUGCCCUUUCAGCCAUAUUCCUCAAUGCCUUCGAUGUCCGUAGGAUAGAAUGUUCCAAAUCCGAGGUAAACGAGGAUUUCUUGAGACAGAUGCCUCGUGUUGAAGAGGCGAUCAAUAACGCCGCUCUCAAGAUGAUCUACAAACUUAACGACGCAGCAUUCCGACCCAUAUUCUCUCAGUUGAUGGAUUGGACUACUUCCUUGCCGAAAGAAGAUGCAAAAGGCAAGAACCUUCGGCUUUUGAGCGUAUAUAGCUUCUUGCUCUCCUUCUUCAGCAGCCUCAAGUCGAUUGUCACUGGGUACGCAUCCUACGCCAUUGAUAGCACGGUUGAUAUCCUCCACAACGCAAGCCCGAAGAAAGCAGAGGAACGUGAGUUAUGGAAGAAGGUGUUACACACGCUUGUUAUGUGCUUCGAGCAUGAUCAAGACGAUUUCUGGCAAGCCCCAGCUCAUUUCAAUGCCGUGGCGCCUGUCCUAGUCUCCCAGUUCACUCACGCCCCUUCCAUCAACUUGAUGGAUGAUCUAAUCCCUGCCAUCGUCGAGUUGGCUGCCGCCGCCGAUUCUCAAGAGCACCAAAAGGCGUUGAACACCUCCCUUUUGAAGCACUUGCGCUCCGAGCAGUCAUCGGUUCGUUUGGCAACUGUCAAAUGUGAGCAAGCACUCACGGAUAGGCUGGGUGAAGAGUGGCUGUCUAUGUUGCCCGAGAUGCUGCCUUACAUAAGUGAGUUGCAGGAUGAUGACGAUGAAGAUGUGGAGAGGGAAACACAUCGCUGGAUCGUGGGGAUUGAGGGGGUAUUGGGAGAGAGCUUAGAUGCUAUGUUGCAGUAGGGAUAAUUCGCGUAAUAAAAUUCUACAACGGUGUGGUGUGUCUGGCUUCCAUGCUUAAUUUGGGAUGCUUUAUCAUGUACAUAAGAACAGUGAAGUCACUCAUUAGAAUAUCUACCUAGACAAGCAACAGUUGGAUCACAACCACGAUCAUCAUCCUAAUCAUCACAAAGUCAAGAGGUCACUAUCACUACACAAUCAUUUUCUGAAGGAGAGC